GCAUACAGAUUACCGGCAAAAUUUCUUUCCUUGAGGAUCUUGAGGCCGAGGAGGAAGAAAGGAUGGGUGCUGGAGCAAGCGCCGAGGACAAGAAGUCAAAGGAGCUGGAAAAACAGCUCCAGGAAGAUGCCGAUAAGGAUUCCAAAACAGUCAAGUUACUGCUGCUGGGUGCUGGUGAGUCGGGGAAAAGCACCAUUGUUAAACAAAUGAAGAUUCUGCAUCAAGGUGGUUACACCAAAGAGGAGCAGAUGGAGUUUAAAUCAAUCAUCUACGGUAACAUCCUGCAGUCUGCUCUGGCUAUCAUCAGAGGCAUGGAGAUGCUUGGCAUCGACUUUGGCUCACCGUCUGCACAGGAGGAUGCACAAAAGCUGCAGAAUUUGUCCGACUCCAUCGAGGAAGGCACAUUGCCCUCUGAGCUGGCCGAAGUCAUCAAGAAACUGUGGAAAGACUCUGGUGUGCAGAAUGGAUUCGAGAGGGCCGCUGAGUACCAACUUAAUGACUCCGCUGGCUACUACCUCAACGAAAUGGAUAGAAUCUGCAAGUCGGACUACUGCCCCACUGAGCAGGAUGUGCUGCGGUCUCGAGUCAAAACCACCGGCAUCAUUGAAGAGCAGUUUGCCUGCAAAGAGCUGCACUUCAGGAUGUUUGACGUGGGCGGUCAGAGGUCGGAGAGGAAGAAGUGGAUCCACUGUUUUGAGGGUGUAACGUGCAUCAUCUUCUGUGGAGCUCUCAGUGCGUAUGACAUGGUACUUGUAGAAGAUGACGAAGUGAACCGCAUGCACGAAUCCCUCCACCUAUUCAACAGUAUCUGCAACCACAGGUUCUUCGCACUGACCUCCAUUGUGCUUUUCCUCAACAAGAAGGAUCUUUUCGAAGACAAGAUCAAGAAAGUCCAUCUGAGCAUCUGCUUCCCAGACUAUGACGGUCCCAACACGUAUGACGAUGCCAGUGCUUACAUUAAGACACAGUUUUUGGACCUGAACAUGAAGAAGGGUGUGAAGGAAAUCUACUCUCACAUGACUUGUGCCACAGACACGAGGAAUGUCGAAAUAGUGUUCAAUGCUGUGACGGACAUCAUCAUCAAAGAAAACCUCAAAGAUUGUGGUCUUUUUUAAGCAGCUCCUGAGUCAACAGAGAACUUUCUUUCCUAUUUUAACCCCUCACAUACUGGCAUGAACUGAGAAGUGCACUGACACUGCAGAGGUUCCUCAUUUGGUUGUGUUCAUGCUGUCCUUUCCACACCAAGCCUCCCAGUUCUGCUGUGAGCAAAUCACCAACUCAACAGCACAUUACUGCAAUGCAGGGCACAUCCAGCAGAGGUGAAACCACUAGGAAGUCACCAUGGUGUUAAGGACAAACAGGUUUUGUAAAGUAGAGAAUUUGUCUCACAGCAGAAGCUGCUGUAUAAAGUUCAAACAGUUGCCCACGUGGUCCCCGCUGCUUGCUUUUGACUAUUAUGACUUUUAGUUGCAAUUAAAAACACACACUGUCAAACAAAUGCAGAGAUGAAACUUUUAUGAGGAAUGGCAGAUUUAUGUGUGCAGAGCAAACAGUCAUUUAUAACAGACAUUGUUAUUUUGUCAGGGUACUGCAAUGAAUAUCUGAAUAUCCAUCGACUAUCCAACCUCCAACUAAUGUCACCGCCGUUGUCAGGGCGUGU